AUGAAAUCGCUGUCAACUCAGCGAGCCGGAUUCACUGCAUGUGUCUUCUCGGGAGGUGCCAUUCUUGUCUGCCUCGUUUAUGUUCCAUCUUUGGUCACCAAAAUCCAAAAUAUAAACGACCAACUGAAAGUUGACAGUGAGGAAUUCCGUGCGAUGGCUGAUUACACUUGGAAAGAGUUGAUCACAAUGAGAAGAGGAAAGCGUCAGGCAUACGGAGAUUCCCCAAAGAAAACAUAUCCAUUGCAUACUGCUUAUGUUAAGGAAGAUGCAUUUGUUGAGGGAGCAAGCACCUGCAGUUGUAAUCAAAACAAUGGAUGCCCGGCUGGACAACCUGGAACUCCUGGAAAACCGGGACUUGACGGUGAACCAGGUAAAUCUGGAGAACCAGGAGCACCUGGACUCGCUGGAAUUGCUCCACCAGUGACAAUUGACCCAACAAAAGGAUGCAGAGUGUGCCCGAAUGGACCACGUGGACCAACUGGACCACCAGGAGAAACUGGACCAUCUGGACCAGAAGGACCACCAGGAAAUCCAGGAAGAAUUGGAGAACAUGGACGUGAAGGGUAUCCAGGACAACAAGGAAUUCCAGGAGAACCAGGAAAACCAGGAAAACUUGGAGAAGUUGGACCAAAUGGACGUGAUGGAGUACGUGGACAAAAAGGACCACUCGGACCAAAAGGAGAUUCUGGACCACCAGGACAAAAGGGGCCAGCUGGAUAUCCAGGAAGAGAUGGACAACGAGGAAAUGAUGGAGAAAGUGGACCAGUUGGACCAGCUGGACAAUUGGGAAUGCCAGGAGAACCUGGACAAAUUGGAAUGGUUGGAGCACCAGGAGCACCUGGACAAGAUGCCAGUUAUUGUAAAUGUCCAGAAAGAAAUGCCGGAGUCAACAAAUUCGAGCCACCACCAGCAGAGCAGCCAGGUUACGAACCACAACCAUCAACUUCUUCUCAGCCGGCAACCUACGCUCCAGCUACUCCAGGACCAGAUGCUGCCGUUGAGGCACCACGUUCUCCAUAUCGUAAAUGGAAAUGGUUGCAGUAA